AUGCUGCGCCACUUAGACACAAAGACUGCCACAGAAAAGGCAAUAGCAGGGCGGCAAGUGGCAGCAGCAGCAGCAGCAGCAGCUGCUGCUGCUGCAGCAAGAAGAACGCCAAAACCGCUGCAGCCGCAAGUCCCCCAACAAGUAAUUCGCCCCUCUGUUGAAAACCGAAUAAGCGCUCGCGCCGCCCCCGCCCUCGCCGAGGUUCCAAAAAAUCAAAAAUAUGCCCAAGACGGAGGCGAAGCUGCAGCAGCAGCAGCAGCAGCAGCAGCAGCAGCAGCAGCAGGAGUAGCAGCAGCAGCAGCAGCAGCAGCAGCAGGAGUAGCAGCAGCAGCAGCAGCAGGAGUAGCAGCAACAGCAGCAGGCGUAGCAGCAACAGGAGUAGCAGCAGCAGGAGUAGCAGCAGCGGCAGCAGGAGUAGCAGCAGCAGGAGUAGCAGCAGCAACAGCAGGAGUAGCAGCAGCAGCAGCAGGAGUAGCAGCAGCAGCAGCAGGAGUAGCAGCAGCAGGAAUAGCAGCAAGAGUAGCAGCAGGAGUAGCAGCAGCAGCAGCAGAAGGGCGAAAAGGCAAAAGGAGGAAAACGAAAUAA